AUGUCCUCAGAAAAAAAAGCAAAUCAUCGAAUUCUUUUUUCUCUCGCUUUCACAACCAUUAUAACUCUAAUUCAGAGACUACGAAGAACCGUAGCACUCAUGACGACGACGACGACGACGACGAGGAUAGCAGCGAUGCCAUUCCAACGAUGCGCUUCUUCUUCGGCGACGAGCUGUUCGUUUACGUCGUCGUCCUCGUCUGCUUUUUCGGGAAACACAAGAGCGCAAUUACAACAGAAAUUGUACCGGCGGCUGCCACAAAAGCGGUAUUAUUCUGCGAGCGUAUCCUCCGAACAGCAGCAGCAACAACAACAACAAAAGCAAACGUCGUCGUUUGCAGAUUUGGGCGUCCCGAAGCAAAUCGUAGAUUUACUGCGCAACGCGGGCAUCGAGAAGCCGUCGGUGGCGCAAUUAGCGGCUUUGCCAGAAUUGAUUGAUUUGAGGAAGCUCGGGGGAGAGGGCGAAGAGGAUGCUAAAGCGUGGAGUGUAUCUAUGCCAUCGAUUGCGAUGCAAUCGCACACCGGGUCCGGUAAAACGCUGGCGUAUUUGAUACCCAUAUUCUGCGACAUCUUGAGAGAAGAAGAGGCAAUGGAGAAGAUGGAUCGAAAUCAAAAGAGGCACGUGAACGAUGUUCGAGCGAUGAUUGUGGCGCCGUCGCAAGAGUUGGCGAUGCAAAUCGUGAGAACAAUAGAAACCGUGCUAGGACCGUACGGGAAAGAUAUUACGCAACAGUUGAUUGGAGGCGCAAAUGCGAGGCGGCAAGAGGAAGGUUUGAGGAAGAAGAGACCGUUUAUUGUCGUUGGAACGCCCGGAAGAAUUGCAGAAAUGUCUCGCAUGGGAGUGUUGAAAACGCACGGCGUGAGCACGCUCGUCAUCGACGAGGCGGACGAUUUGUUGGCGAGUAACUUUCGACGAGACAUGGCAAGGAUUAACGAACACUGCGGCAAAGGCGCGAAAGGCGGGAGGAGGACCAUCAUAUGUUCAGCUACUCUGAAGAAAGAGACGAUGGAUGCGUACGCGUACGUGGCACCUGAUUUGAAACUCGUCUUGGCAGAUUACGAGAUGAAUAAACCGGUUGAAUCAGCCGACGAUGAUGAUAUAAAUAAAACAAAAGACGACGGAAAAGAAGGAACAAAAGAAGAAAACAUUGACGAUGGAAAAGAAGAAGGAGAAGAAGAAGAUAUCGUCGAAAAAGCUCGAAGAGAAGCGCAAAUGAAGAAACAAGUCAUGAUCAACGCCGAAGAGCAACAAGUGAUGAAUCGCGGUGCGGUCGCGUUACCACCACACCUUCAACAUUUGUUCAUCCAGGCCGAUCUAAAUCGUAAAGUAGACGUGUUGAGAAGAGCCGUUCACGCGAUGGACGUGCAGAGAUGUCUCAUUUUCGUCAACUUUGGACGACGUUCGAAAGAUGUCGAAGGCAAAUUGUCCGCGCGAGGCAUGCCCGUAGCUUCCUUACACGGCGACAUGGACAAAAUACAACGAGAAAGAGUGCUGAAAAAGUUCAAGUCUGGUGAGGUUCGCGCGUUAUUAGUUUCCGAUUUAGCGGCGAGAGGUUUAGAUAUACCAAAUUGCGAUUGCGUCUUCAACCUGGAGUUACCCACCGACGAAGUCCAUUACGUCCACCGCGCCGGACGCACCGGGCGCAUGGGCGCUCCAGGUGUGGUCGUUUCCAUCAGCGAGCAAAAAGAAAACUUCGUCUUGGAUAAAUUUGCGCAAAAACUAGGCAUUGAAAUCGUGAAAGCGUCCCCUGAGCGCGGUCGAAUGAACGUCAAAGGUGACAAGGCGACGUUUUGA